UGGACCCAGGGGGACUAGAAGGGGCUGUGGCAAAGUCUUGGUCCAACUAGUGAUGUGAUCUCAUCAAAUAAUUUUUUCUUUCCCAGAGCAAAUCAAUCUUGGCUUCUCCUCUUUUCACUCUACAAUCUAUUUCCUUCAUUUUCCUAUUCUCUGUUUCUACCUCUGCAACUAAAAGAAAAAACAACAUGGCUGCCGCCUUGGUUGGAGGAGCAUUUCUGUCCGCCACCCUUCAAGUGCUGUUUGACCGUUUGGCUUCUCCCGAGUUCGUCAACUUUUUCCGCGCUCAAAAGCUUGAUGAUGAACUCCUCUGGAAGCUCAAGUCAACAUUGCGAGGACUUAAUGUUCUGCUCGAUGAUGCAGAGGACAAGCAGAUCACUAACCCUGCUGUGAAAGACUGGGUGGAUGAACUUAAAGUUGCUGUGUAUCAUGCAGAUGAUUUACUAGAUGAGAUUGCUACCGAAGCUUUGCGAUGCAAGUCUGAAGCCAAGUACCAUAGCGGGUCAGACCAGGUGCGAAGUCCCACCUUGAUUUCUUCUUCUAGUUCAUUUGAUGCAGAUAUAGUGUCCAAGAUAGAGAAGAUCAUUGGUAGAUUAGAAUGUUUUGCCAAAGAAAAAGAUGUCCUCGGUUUGAGAGCAGUUGCUGGGCAAAAAUUGUAUCACAGAUUGCCAACUACUUCUUUGGUUGAUGAAUCUGGUGUUUGUGGAAGAGAUAAUGACAAGGAGGAUGUAAUUAAGUUGCUGCUCUCAGAUGAGGCAAGUGGUGGUAAUCAGAAGAUAGAUGUGAUUGCGAUAGUGGGGAUGGGUGGGGUUGGCAAGACCACCCUUGCUCAAUUUUUAUACAAUGAUGGCAGAGUGGCUGAUCACUUUGAUAUGAAAGCAUGGGUUUGUGUCUCUGAUGAAUUCGAUGUUGUAAGGGUUACAAGAACAAUUCUUGAGGCAGUCAUUCCGCAGGGUUCUGAUAAAAUGGACCUUAGUACAAAGGACCUUAAUCAGCUUCAAGUCAAGCUCAAGGAAUGCUUGAGUGGGAAGAAAUUUCUUAUCGUUCUAGAUGAUGUUUGGAAUGAGAACUAUGAUAACUGGGAUAGCUUGAGGAGUCCUUUUGGAUAUGGAGAACAUGGGAGCAGGGUUAUUGUUACAACGCGCAAUGAGAGCGUUUCAUCUAUUAUGCAAACAGUUCCUAUUCAUCGUUUGCAGCAAUUAUCGGAUGAAGAUUGCUGGAAAUUGUUUGCCAAACAUGCUUUUGAGAAGGGAGAUUGUGGUGCACAUCCAAAGCUUGAAAGGAUUGGCAAACAGAUUGUGAAAAAGUGUAAAGGUUUGCCUCUAGCAGCAAAAACAUUAUCUGGUCUUUUGCGCUCUAAACGGGAUGUUGAGGAUUGGAAUAAUAUAUUGAAAAGUGGAAUAUGGGAUUUGCCAAAGGAGAAGAGCAAUAUUCUUCCAGCCUUAAAAUUGAGCUAUCAUUACCUCCCUUCGCAUUUAAAGAGACGCUUUGCUUAUUGUUCUAUAUUUCCUAAAGAUUAUGAAUUUGAAAUGGAGAGAUUAGUCCUAAUGUGGAUGGCUGAAGGUUUUGUUGAGCAACCCAGAAGUAAUAAAACAAGGGAAGAGGUAGGUUAUGAGUGCUUCUAUGAAUUGCAAUCAAGGUCAUUUUUUCAACGAUCAAACGCCAAGAAAUAUUGUUUUGUCAUGCAUGAUCUUGUUAAUGAUUUAGCUCAAGCUGUGUCUGGAGAUUUCUGUUAUUAUAUGUUAGAGGACGACAACACACAUCAUAUUUCUGAAAGGGUACAUCAUUUCUCAUGUGUUAGAGGCAAAUUUGAUGGCUUUGAAAAGUACAAGCUAAUUAAUGAGGCUAAGUUUUUGAGGACUUUUCUAACACUAGAACCUGCUGUCUAUUCUGAUUCAUGGUUGAGCAAAAAGGUUUUGGAUGAUAUUUUGCCAAAACUAACAUGCUUACGGAUGUUGUCUUUGCAAUGGUAUAAUAUUAUAGAAUUGCCUCCUUCAAUUGGCAAUUUACUACAUCUAAGGUAUUUGGAUCUUUCUUACACGGAAAUCAAACAAUUGCCUGAAUCAGUUUGUACCAUGUAUAACUUAGAAACAUUACUGCUGUAUAAUUGUGAUAAGCUAACUACCUUGCCGGUAAAUCUUCGAAACCUAAUUCAGUUGCGCCAUCUUGAUAUUACUGGGACUAAUUUACAGGAGAUGCCAAAGCAAAUGAGUCAAUUAAAAGGCCUCCAAGUUUUAACUGCCUUUGUGGUGGGCAAGUCCAAGGGGUUAGGUAUUGAAGAGUUGAAGGAGUUUUGUCAUCUUCAAGGGCCGCUCUUCAUUUCAGGUUUGCAAAAUGUAACUAAUGGCAUGGGUGCAAUGGAGGCAAAAUUGGAGGAGAAAAUGUACCUUAAAACAUUGGUACUCAAAUGGAGUGGUACUACCAAUGAUUCACAGAAUGAAAGAGAUGUUCUCGACAAGCUACAACCGCAUUCAAACUUGAAAUGCCGUAAGAUUAAUAACUUUGGUGGCACAAGAUUUCCAGAUUGGUUGGGAAAUAAAUCAUUUUGUAAUGUAGUGCAUUUCUCUUGA